GCCAACCGUGCCCUUGUUUCCUGCCAGAAAGUUCCAUUGUAUUUCGUUGAAGGAUUGUAGUUGACUUGAUUUCCCUUUACUGAAAAAUCAUCCCUCAAUUCUUUCAUUCUCAUCAAAUCAAAUGGAUACUCAAUUAGUUAGAGGAGAAUCAUGUACAUCUUCUCACAUCUCUUAUGAAGUAUUCCUCAGUUUUAGAGGUGAAGACACCCGAAAAACAUUCACCGGUCAUCUUUAUUCCAAAUUGUCUGAUGUUGGAGUUAAUACCUUCAUUGAUGAUGAGGAAUUGAGAAAGGGUGAUGUGAUUUCAAGUAAACUAGAGAAAGCAAUUGAAGAGUCAAGAAUUUCCAUUAUUGUUUUCUCAAGAAAUUAUGCUUCCUCUAGUUGGUGUCUAAAUGAGCUAGUUAAAAUUCUUGAGUGCAAAGAGAAAUUAAAGCAGAUGGUUUUGCCUAUUUUCUACGAUGUUGAUCCUUCUGAGGUACGAAAGCAAACAGGGUUAUUUGAUGAAGCUUUGGCUAAACAUAAGGAACGACCAUUUGGAGGUCAAAUGGUGGAGAAAUGGAGAGCUGCACUUACUGAAGCAGCAAAUUUAUCUGGAUGGCAUUUGCAAAAUGUUGCUGGCGGGCAUGAAUCAAAGUUUAUUGAAACAAUUAUACAGCAAGUCCUACAAGAGGUCAACCAGACACCUCUAGAUGUUGCUUGGCACCCAGUUGCAGUAGAUUCUAGUGUCAAAGAUAUAGAGUUGUUAUUGCAAAUUGAAUGUGAAGAUGAAGUUCGCAUGAUUGGUAUUCACGGACUUGGUGGCAUAGGGAAAACAACUCUGGCAAAAGCUAUGUACAAUCGAAUGUUUCGACUCUUCGAUAGUGGUUGCUUCCUUUCAGAUGUUAGAUCAGAAGAUGAAGAAUUUGGUCUUGUCAAGCUACAAGAGAAACUUCUUCAACAAGUUCUCAAAACCAAGGACAUCAAAGUUGGGAGUGUUGCUCAAGGCGUUAAUCUAAUCAAAGCAAGACUUGGGUCAAAGAAGGUUCUAAUUGUUCUUGAUGAUGUGGACCAUAAAAGACAGUUAGAAGCCUUAACAAGAGAAAGAAGUUGGUUUGGUUCGGGUAGUUUAAUAAUCAUUACCACCCGGGACAAGCGAUUGCUACGUCGGCUUGGAGAAAAGGAGAGAUAUGAGGCCAAACUAUUAACUGACAAUGAAGCUAUGUCACUUUUUUGUUGGCAUGCUUUUGAUAAUCAUUUUCCACCAGAAGAUUAUGUUAAAUUGGUACACGGCAUAAUCGAAUAUUCAGGUAGGCUACCAUUAGCUCUUGUGACAUUGGGGUCACAUUUACAAGGAAGUUUGGCAGAAGAAUGGGGAUAUGAAUUUGAAAAACUAAGAGCAAUUCCUCAUAGUGAUAUCCAAAAGAUUCUCAAGAUAAGCUUUGAUGGACUUGAUGAUGAAGCUCAAUCUGUUUUUCUCGAUAUUGCUUGCACCUUCCAUGGGUUUGAUGAGCAUCAAGUUAAUGAGAUAUUAAAUGCGUGUGGCUUUCAUACUAGAAGUGCAAUUGCAACUUUAGUCCAAAAACACUUGCUCCGAAGAUCUUGGAAUCAUUUGUUGGUGAUGCAUGAUCUAGUGCGAGAUAUGGGAAGAGAAAUCGUUCGCAUGGAAUCACCUCGAGACCCUGGAAAACGGAGUAGAUUGUUCAUCCCUCAAGAAGUUUGUGAUGUUCUACAAGGAAAUAAAGGUUCCGAAAAUGUAGAAGUACUGAAGGUAGAUCGAGAGACGUUAAAGGGAGUGCACUUGAGCACCAAAGCAUUUGAGCAAAUGAAGAACCUUAGGGUGCUUAUAACCAAUGAGUUACAUAUUAGUGGAGAUUUUGGGAUGUUGUCCAAGAAGCUCAAAUGGUUGUCUUGGCGAAAAUGUCCUUUAAAAUGUAUACCAUCAAAUUUUCCAGCUGAGAAUCUUGUAGUUCUAGAUAUGCGGAAGAGUGAUAUCCAAGAAUUUCAAUUGAAUUUACAGUGUUGUAGAAGUUUAAAGAAGCUGAAUCUCUCUUAUUGCGAGCAACUAAGAAUGACUCCAAACUUCAACGAUUCACGAAGUCUUGAGACUUUGCUGCUUGGUGGUUGCUCAAGUCUGACAGAGAUCCAUCCAUCAAUAGGAAAUUUGGACAGACUAAUUAAACUAGAUAUGUCUCGUUGCGAAAAACUUAGGGAUCUUCCAAGCAGCGUAUGCCAGCUAAAAUCCCUUGAAGAAUUGUUCAUUAAUGACUGCUCAUCAAUAAAAAUACUGCCAGAUAACCUUGGAGAUGUGAAAAGUCUAAGAUCUCUUAAAGCAUAUGGUACGGGUAUAAAACAAUUGCCUAGAUCCGUUGAAAUGCUAAGAAAUCUUGAAACUUUGAGCGCGGGAGGUCAAGAGUUAGAGGCUAAAAGGAAUAUUCCUGGAAGAGGUGUCCAUCGGAUACAAUAUUCCUUGCCAACUUUUGUAACCGAAUUGAGCCUUAUAUACUGGAAUUUGUCCUAUGCUGAUAUUCCUAGGGAUAUUGGGAGCUUAUCCUCCUUAAAGUUUUUAGAUUUGAGUGGCAACAGUUUCCAUUCUCUACCCUUCGAUUUUUCUAAGUUACGAGUAUUGAAGAAGUUGUAUUUGAAUGACUGUGAGAAUCUUCACACACUCCCGUCAGUAUCAAAUUUAGAGAAUCUUGGACAUCUUGAACUUCAAAAUUGCAAAAAAUUGGUCAAGAUUACACAGUUGGACAACCUCCCUUCUAUACGGUUGAUUAACACGAGUAAUUGUAGUUCUCUGCAGAAUCCAUUCAAUGAAGGCUUCGCUGCUCUAUUAAUUCCAUUUAGAGGACAUAUGGGUUAUUUAGAAACUUAUCUGGAAUGCAAUGAGUUUCCAGAAUGGUGCAGCAAUCAAGUAACAGCUUCAUCUAUCUGUUUCACUAUGCCGACACAUAAUAAUGAGUACAACUUCUUAGGAAUGGUUCUCUGGUUUGUUGUCGACGCUUUGGAUGUAGCCCUUAGCAUUGCCCAUAAAGUGCCUUCAGGUAUUCCGUGGAGUCAUAUUGGAAUACUUAAUGGACACAGAGAACUGACAUGUGUAUAUUACAUAUCUAUCUUAAAUGAACUUUUCUAUGGCCGGAUGAUUAAAGGCAGGGAAAGGAUAGACGUGUGGUCUGAAGACAUUACCCUAAAGAAGAUAGGGAUAGAUCUGUUAUAUUUAGACCAAAAUGGUAAAGUUAUAUCUUUGCCGGGAGACGUGGAUCAUUCUUAUUCUAGGGCGAUAGAUGUCAGGAAUUGGCAGGUGGAGAUUUUUGAUGGCCAGACGAUAGAUAUGAGUAUUACAUACUUUAAUUUGUCCGAGGAUGAUAUUCCUAAGAAUAUUGGGAGCUUAUCCUCCUUAGAAUAUUUAGAUUUGAGUGGCAGCAGUUUCUAUUGUCUACCCUUUGAUAUUUCUAAGUUACGAUUGCUGAAGGUGUUGUGUUUGAAUGACUGUGAGAAUCUUCAAACGCUCCCGUCAGUUUCAAAUUUAGAGUAUCUUGAAAGAAUUGGACUUUAUAAUUGCCAGAAAUUGGUCAAGAUUUCAGAGUUGGACAACCUCCCUUCUAUAUGGUCGAUCAACAUGAUUAAUUGUAGUUCUCUGCAGAAUCCAUUCAAUGAAGGCUUCUUUAGUGCACCUGCACUAUAUGCAUCUAGAAAAGAUCCUGAGUUGGAUCCUUUAGAAAUAUUUCUGGAAUGCAAGGAGAUUCCAGAAUGGUGCAGGAAUCAAGUAACAGCUUCAUCUAUGUGUUUGACUAUGCCGACACAUAAUAAUGAUGAGUAUAACUUCUUAGGAAUGGUUCUCUGGUCUGUUUUCGACUCUUGGCAUGAAUCCUUUUUCUUGAUUAGUAUAGCAGGUAGAAAGACUUUAAUUUCUCCGCGGAGUAUACCUGAUGGAGGACAUAGAGAACUGUCAUGUGUAUAUUACAUAUCUUACUUAAAUGAAGCUUUUGAUGGCCAGAUGAUUAAAGGCGGGGAAAUGGUAGAAGUGUGGGCUCCAGAUUUUACAGUAAAGAAGAUAGGGAUAGAUCUGUUAUAUGUAGACCAAAAUGGUAAAGUUAUAUCUUUACCGGGAGACAUGGAUCAUUCUUAUUCUAGGGCGAAAGAUGUCAGGAUAGAGGUCAGGAUCAGGAAUUGGCGGGAAGAGUUGCUUAGUUUGGCAGACACAAUAAGAGAAAUUUGAAAGAAUUGAAAUUGAAAAUUGCCAAAAAUUGCCCCUCUUAUCUUUAAGGGAUAAGAAAAGUUGUAUGUAAUAACAUUUCUUAAGAGACAUUACACAAGCCCAUUAAAUUUAUAUUUCACGUCGAAAGUUAUAGAUGGGCAGAGAUGAUGUUUCCGCCA